AUGCCUUGCUCUUCCAGAGCUGGUCUCCAGUUCCCCGUUGACCGAAUCGAGCGGCUGCUCUGCAAGGGUCACUAUGCCGAGCAUUUCGAAGUCGGAACCCCCGUCUUCCUGGCCACCAUCCUUGAGUACCUGACUGACGAAAUCCUUGAAUUGGCUGGCAAUGUGACCCAGGACAACAAGAAGACCAGUAUCAUUCCCUGCCACCUGCAGCUCACCAUCCAGAAUGACAAUGAACUCAACAAGCUGCAGGGAAGGGUCACCAUGGCCCAGGGUGGGGUCCUGCCCAACAUCCAGGCUGUGCUGCUGCCCAAGAAAACUGGGCACCCCAGCAAGGCCCUCACGAUCCUAAGCCCAGGCCACAGCCACAGCAGGAGACUGAAGAUCCCACUUCUGUCCUUGCCUACAACUGGUCCUCAGGAACCAGAUGUCUAA